CUAAAUAUAACAAAGCUAGGUAGUCAAAAGCGUAUGGAUUCAAUAGAAAAUAAAUAUUGGGUGAAUUUAAAUUUAAAGUUUGUAAUUCUAAAUUUGAAUUGAGUAAUGAUUAAAAUGUUUCCUGGACUCUUAAAGUUUUAUUGCAAUUAAUUGAACAUCUAAAUUUUACUUUGAAUUAGUUAAAUUAGGAAAAAUGCUAUGUGGUUUAAAUGAAGUAAAUGAUCAUCUUUUCAUUUCAAGUGCAAGAUCAGUCACAGAUUCUUCACUUCAACAGACAGGAAUUACUUGCGUUAUAAACUGCAGUUUAACUCCACCAUCUUAUAGUACGGGCCAUUUACGUUACUGGGCCAUUGCGGUUGAAGAUAAUGAACGAGCCAACAUAAGCUGUUAUUUUGAUGAAGUUGCUGAUCUGAUUCAUCAAGAGCAGCUAAUUGGUGGAAAAGUUCUUGUAUAUUGCAUGGCUGGUAUUAGCCGUUCAGCAUCUCUCUGUUUAGCCUACCUGAUGAAAUAUGAAAAUUUGAACCUACGAUCUGCAUUCAGGCUUCUCCGAUCUAGGAGACCCAUGGUACAUCCGAACAAUGGUUUUUUCCAACAACUCAUUGACUAUGAACGAGAUCUGUACCAUCAAACUUCGGUUCAAAUGGUUCGAGUUCCUAAUGCUGUUUCUGCUGAUUGCAUUGUGCCUGAUGUGUUUUAUGAAGUAGCCAGGGGAAUGGUUUGGCUUAAAAGUUGUCAGGAAAAUCCCACAACGAAGAAAUGAUGUGAUACUUCUGUCAUGACAUUUUCUAUAACACUCUUACAUUACUAUUCGAGUUAGCCAAAAUACUUACAAGUAUUACCACUUAUUAAGAAACAUAAAUAGUUUUUAAUGUAAAUUUUUUUUUAUUUGUACGAUAUGUUUCAUCUAACAAAUAUUUUCAUUUGUGUACAUUGAAUAAAAUUAUUUAUUUUUA